UUCUCUGUCUCCGUUUUUUAAUUUGUCUUUCUUUUCAUCAUAUUGAUCAUCAAUUUCUUUCUUCUGUGUCUUCUUCUUCGAGACUUUAUCCUGCCGUUCAUUUAAUUGACAGACAGAGGAGACAAGAUGUCCAAAAAGAUUAGUGACUCUGUUUAUAAGUUGAUUAUUGACUCUUGGCGCCAAUAAGUACGCAUAAAUCUUUACCCUGACUUAAAAGUACAGUCUCGCUCCCUAAUUAUGUUGAUUGUACCUCCCAUGUUCUCACUCACUUGACUCUCCUAAUCUUUUUUUGCCUUCUUGCUUUGUAUUUACAAUGAGUGUAAACAAUUUUCCUCAAGAAAUAGCAAAAGACUUUGCAUCUUUAUUGUCAGCCUAGUCACUGAAACCCAGAGUUAACCAGUCAACAAUAUUUUUGCACAUUUCUCUCUCAGUCUCAGCCUUUUUUUGGCUACUUUUGCUCCUUUCUUUUCUUCCAUCCAAGUUUGGACCUUUUCUGUCUUUUUGUCUUUCAUUCUCUCUUUUCCUUCCUAGUGUCUAACGUCUUCAGAGUCUUCUUAGUUUUUUUAAAAUGACAUCUCAACAUUGUAUAUUUUGGACUUUUAUAACGUUAUUUAUUUUAUUGAUCAAUUUGACAGGUCAAUCAUGUCAACUCAUUGACUCAACAUUGUUGAAACAAAUUUCUUCAAUUUCGGUACCUUCAUCAUCAUCAUUGCCCGCAACUUUAACAUCACCAUUGUUAUCAUCACUGUCACCAUCAGCUGAUUCUAGUGAAGUUUCCAGGGAUUCCACCAUUCUCAUUAGUAAUUUAAAUCCAUCAUCUUUGUCACCAUCAACAUCAUCAGCAACUACCUCUUCUCAAUCCAUCCGUUUACCCAGUGAUACAAAUAAACUUUCUGACACUUUCAAAUCCUUACAAUUCAAUCAUGAAUUGAAACGAAAACGCUAUCAACCAGCUCGAUAUUUGGUGAAGCCACUCUGGUUGAAUCCCAAAUACACUUGGAAAGUUUUGCAGAUGAAUUCCUCCCGAAAUGAUGCUAAACAAGCCGAAAUGAGAAAACUUCGUGAAAAGAAACGUGCAAAAAUAUGUAAAUUAGCUGAUAAGAUGAAACAAGCCACUAUAGUCUCAAAGAAACUUUAUCUAUUGCUCAAUGAGAUCAGCAUGAGUCUCUCAGAUUAACAUGCGAUCUCGAUAUAAGCUUAAAAUAUUCAAAACUAAUGUCAAAAAAAUUUUUAUACUUGAUCUAAACUGUAAAUUCAGACAUAUCCAAAUAAUCUUAAUACUAUUCAAUCGUCAUUUUUUGUAAAAUUUGACUUAAUUUUUGGUCUCAUUCAACUUUUCCACUCAUUUGCCAUAAAUUGUGAUUUCUUUGAAAUAAAACUGAAAUCAGUCGUUUUGA